GCGUUGCUUAGUUCAUUUCAUGUCAUUGCACCAUGCCGACUGACACCAAACGUGUACGCGGCCCUGAAGUGUCCCAAAGCCCGUUUCUGUACUUGUGCAAACCAACGGAUGUUCUUCCCUCGCACGGCCUCAGAGCGGACGGUCGAAAGCGGGAUCAAGUGGACGUCCGGCCUGUUUUUGUCCGGUGCGGGCUGGUGAGCCAGGCUAAAGGGUCCGCAUACAUUGAGGCCGGAAACACCAAGUUGAUGUGCUGCGUUUAUGGCCCCAGAGAAACAGAGCGGAAAGAUGAAACCGAUAUGAAAUGUGGAAGAUUGACUACUGACAUGCGUUUUGCUCCAUUUUCCUGCCCGGAGAGGGGUUCCUGGAUUCAGGGCAGCCAGGACAAGGAUCUUUCUCUGAUGCUGCAUGAGAGUCUGCAGCCAGCCGUGCGCCUCCACAAGUAUCCCCGCUCUCAGAUCGAGGUUAACGUGAUGGUUCUUGAGAACAGUGGUUCAGUUCUUGCCCAUGCUGUCACAUGCGCUUCUCUCGCUCUCGCGGAUGCAGGGAUUGAAAUGUAUGACCUGGUGCUUGGUUGUUCCAUCCGUCAGGAUGGUGGCUCUUUUGUGGUUGACCCUUCCUACAUGGAGGAAAACAGCUGCAGCUCAGUCAGCAGCGAGAACCAAGGCGGUCUAACUGUUGCGUUCCUCCCCAGCCUGAACCAGAUUUCUGGGCUCCAGUCAGAUGGAGAAAUGACUGAAGAGACUCUGACAGCUGGGGUCCGGACCUGCAUUGAGGGAUGCUAUAAACUGUACCCCGUCAUACAACAAGCCCUGGCCAGGGCUGUGCGCAGAGCUGCUCCCCCACCAUCAGAGAGCUGAGAGACUCAUUAAACAGUAACUGCUCAGUUCAUAGUUUUUCUAGUUAACAAUUUUGAGUCCUUUCUCUGACAACAGAACCCAUUUUUCUAUGUUUGUUGUGGUGUUUUUGGGAUGAAAAUUAAAAAGGCUGACUUUGUGCUUGAAGCUUCACACUUUCCUGACAUUCGAUAAUAAAAUACAGGCAAACAAACUAAGAUUUGAUUCAUCAGAUUGAGACGGGUCCUGAUUGUACUGUCGAGAUGCAAGCUACUGAAUGCAAAAUAACAGCUGAUGCACUCUUUUGCAAAUGGGCAUAUAUGGAUGGAUUUAUAUAUAUAUAUAUAUAUAUAUAUAUAUAUUUAAUAUAUGUGCUCUGUCAAAUCUGGUGUUACAAAACUAACCUCAAGCACUGUGGAAAAAAAACCAUCCUGAAUUGAGUUCUUCCAUGGAGAUUUCUCCUCUUUAGCUAAAUGAAAUGGAACAACAAUACACUUUUUACUAAUAAUUACCUUCUGUUAAUGGUUUUGUUGUCGUGACAGGGCAGCAGCUGCAAAUCUGUUUUGGGAUGGUUGUUGGCUAAGCACAGUUAGUUUUUCAUUUUUAUGUAAUCAUUUACACCACAAAGGUUGUGAUUUCACUCUGUCAUCUGAAUAAAAUGGAACAAAAACA